AGCUGAUAUUUUUAAUUUAGUAGACAUUUAGGUUAUUUCUAAUUCUAUAUAAUAAAGUUUUCUUAUUCCAGUUUUUAAUUUUGUCUCACGAUAAUUAAGUAUUCUACUUAAAUUAAAUUAGGUUUAAUAAAAAUAUUUAAUUAUGAAUAAAUUAUCAUCAAUCAUUGAGCAAAGUGUGCGACUCCAGUUACGGCACAUGAAUACAAUUGCAAAACCGAUACAAACGCCGUCAGAGUACUGUUUGCAGCUAGUUAGGUAUUUGUCUCUGCUACACGAAGACUGCAGAAUUGUGAAUAAUGAUUAUGAGAAUUUUCUCUGUACGCUGUUACUCCCAGGCAUGAUUAAAUCGGCGGCACUUGCUAUACGUGCGUUUAAUGUCGAAGUAGCUCAAGUGGAGGAUCAGGUGAGGGACAGACAGAUAGGAGCCGUGAGAUUACAGUUCUGGAUGGAGACUCUGAACAAUAUUUACAGCGAUCAUCCACCAAGGACUCCCAUAGCAUUGGAGUUACAUAGGAUACUCAAGCGGCAUAAGCUCUCCAAGCAUUACUUCAAACGGUUGAUCGACGCCCGCUUAAGUAAACUGAACAAUUCAGUGUUCAUAGACUUGGAAUCGCUCGAGAAAUAUAGCGAUUACACCACAUCAUCAAUCUACUACCUGCUGCUAGAGGCACAAGGUAUCGCUGACGUCAAGGCUGAUCAUGCCGUUAGCCACUUGGGCAAGGCACAUGGUCUGGUCACCUUGAUCCGUUCCGUACCAUAUAACGCACGAAAACGAGUCAUGAUCCUGCCGCAGGAUGUUCUGCUGAAGAACGGCGUCUCCUCUGAAUCCAUCUUUCGAGCGCAGCCGAGCGCUGGAUUGAGAGAUGCGAUAUUCGACGUCGCCUCUUGCGCCAAGCAACAUCUGGAAAUGGCAACAUCACUGAAAAAAACAGCGUCGAAAAAUCUCAGCGUGACAUUUCUACCGACAGUUUGCGUGGAGAAUUACCUAGAGGAUUUGAGGAAAGCAGAUUUUGACGUUUUCCACCCGACAUUACAGAAAAGAAAAGGCACCCUUCCGUUACAGUUACUCUGGAGGAAGAUGUGGUCUUAGUGAUAAAAAUUCUCAAAAUCACAAUGUCUACUACAUCACAGAAGCAUAGAAACUUUGUGGCAGAGCCGAUGGGAGAGAAACCUGUGACCGAGCUUGCUGGCGUCGGGGAGGUAUUAGGAA